UAUUAAAUUAAAUCUUGACUAAUUUUAUAAAAAAAAUAUUUAACCAUAAUCACGAUGAUAUCCGUGUAUGUAAACAGUUACGUAACACUACAAAUGUGAAAAUGUACCCACACACAAACGAAAUUUCGUUUUGUAGCAUAAAGAUUAAUACAGUAGAUAAAUAUUUUUCAAGUUUAGUUUUGUAAUAUUUACUUUUUAUUUCCGAAGGUACAACUACUGUUUGCAAAAAUAAUGAAAAAAAAUUAAGUACUAUUAAAGAGCAUCUACAGGUUUAAAAUUUGCCAAAUGUAAUACUAUAUGAAUUCUGAGCAACAUAUUAAGUUAUUGACAACAUCUUUUAUAGUUACGUAAAAUUCAGUAACAUGCUAAAGGUGGUUCAGAAUAGAAUUCAAAAUUCCAAAGACAGUUUAAGCAUUUUUAAAUACAAAUGCGUAAUUAAUCACAUAAAAAACAUGUUAGACAUUUUACCGUGCCACCUAUUGGUCGAAACUUAUGCUAUAAUGUGUAGUAAAUAAAUCAAAAUUUCCGCAAAAAUUGCUAUAAGUGCACCCAGAAAAAACCUUAAACAAUUCGAGAGUAAAAUCAACAAACAAAAACCACUUAACUCAGAAAUAUUUUAAAAAAUAUUACAGAUGAAAAUAGACAACAGAGAGAUUAAUGAUUAAUGGACUAAAUCUAGGCAAACAGCAGAUGAAUCACAAAAAAAAGAAGGGGGGGGGGACAGGCUAUUUUUAAUUAAAUAGUUUCCUUUAAAUAAAUUUUUAAUAAAUCUUAAACUAGCAAACUUAAUGAAUAUUAAAGCAAAGGCAAAUUAAAAUUCUUUAACUACUCUAAUGAAUUAUAUUAUUUCACUUAGGCUUGCAACAUUAGCGAGAAAAAAGAAGAAGCUGGGGUUGACACAGAACCCUCUGCCUGCUGGUGAUGGUCCUGCAACACCAACCUUGCCAGAGAGCCCAGGCGGUGAAAGUUCGGUCCCCACAGUGCCAGAUGUAACCACCAUGGCGUCUUCAGUGGCGGCGUGUACAUCACGCAACACUGAUGACAGUACACAUACUCUGUCCGAUGACUAUCAAGGGAAUGAUGACCUUCCUCCGCUGAUAGUGGUUUACGAGCCUCCAUUGCCACAGACAGAUCCGGGACUCAGUAUGUUAGAGGGUCGAAUGAUGGUUGACGUUCGUCACUUCAUGGUGCAAUGCCGUCUUCUGGAGAGACACAGGUGUCCCAUUUCAUCUUCAGGAACAUAUUUUCUGGAAAGUGUCAACAGGUACGGUCUGCUGACAAAUUUUAAAUUUAAGUGCACUCACUGCAAUCAAGAGCAGCAGUUCAAAUCUGAGCCUGUGGAAUGCCUUCCAGUGGGAAGAAAAAGAAAAUGCAAAAUCGAUACCAACUUAGAUAUCAACGAUAAGAUUGUUUGGGGCGCAAUUUCGGUUGGUCUAGGCUACGGACCAUUGUAUGAACUAUUGUCACUAAUUGAUAUGCAUCCUAUGAGCCCGGGUUGCUUUUCUUAUCACGAGAACAGAAUCGGAGAGCACUGGAAGGCAAUGUUGCAGAAGGAAAUGGAAGAUGCUGCACUGGAAGAGUUCUCUAUGGCGAAAGAUGAUGGACGCAUCUGUAUGGUUGGAAAUGAGGAAUAUGCUUGGACCAUAGGAAUUUUGGAUGGAGGUUGGAGCCAAAGAUCCUAUGGUCAUAGGUAUUCUGCUAAGUCUGGAUGUGCUAUAAUAAUUGGCUUCUACACUAAGAAAUUGUUAUUCCUUGGUGUGAGAAACAAAUAUUGUACCGCAUGCAUUCGGAGCGAACGGAUGGAAAAGGAACCCACGCCUCACCUGUGUUUCCGGAACUGGACUGAUUCUUCCACUGCAAUGGAGGCAGACAUUAUAGUGGAAGGUUUCCGGUUCUGUGAAGCCAAGUACAAACUUCAAUUUAAGAAGUUUGUUGGUGAUGGGGAUUCAAGUGUGCAUGCAGCCAUAGUUGCAAAUGUUUCGUACGGAAGAGAUGUUGAAAAGAUUGAAUGUGCUAACCAUGUCGUGAAGAAUCUCAAAAAGAAUCUUUAUGCCAUAGCCAAGGGCAUCCAUAUGCGGCAUCUCAGCCAGUCGAAAAUCAAAGCCCUCUGUCGCUGUGCAAGAGGUUGUAUCAGCAACUGUGGGGGUGAUGCUAUGCUACUUCAAUCAACACUUCUAAAUGUGCCCAACCAUGUGUUUGGAGACCAUAAGUUAUGCAAUUUAGAUGUGUGUGAGAGAGCUGGUAAAACAGCAAAUCCCUGCAGUUAUGACGCAUUGCCUCGUGAAUUGAUUGUGGGAAUCAAACAAGCUUUUGACCGAGUGAGAGCAAAGUCACAAGCACUUGUAAUGGAUCUCACAACCAACCAAGCAGAAAUGUACAUGUCAUUAGUUGCAAGGAUGGCUGGCGGUAAGCAGAUAAACCGUUCACAGCAGGGGUCUUACAGCCGUAGGGCUACUGCUGCUGGUUUGUCUUUCCAACUUCGCUACAAAUGGCAUGGACAAACUAUGAAGGCGAUCACAGGUCACAGCCCUGGAGUGACUGUGAAGCGAUUAAUGGCAAAAAGACAGAAACAGCAGGCGAACUGUAGGCGAAGGUUGGAUAUGAAUCCGCAUGUACCACGGAAAUCGGAAUCAUUUAAACCACAGGGUGAUAAGAGCUAUGGUCCUCAUGCAACUCAGCCUCCAGCUUCUGGUCUUGAACUAGAAAUUCUGACUGAGUCUGUGAUGAGAAGCAUAGAGCUUACAGUGCAAGAAAGGAAUGAUCUGGAGGUGCAGACACGAGAUCAAGGAAGCAGUCAGUUGUGGAUGAAGGAGCGGAGAAAACGAGUCACUGCUUCCUUUUUCGGACGUGUCUGUAAAAUGAGGGAAAAUACUUCGUGUAAAGUGACAGUGGAAGCGAUUGUGUACAGUCGUGUAUUGGAGAAUGCUGCCACAAUACAUGGUCUAGCAAACGAGCGCAUAGCUGUCGCUUUAUACGAAGAACAAACAGGCCAUACUGUUAAACAAUGUGGUCUCUUCGUUGACCUUCAGCAUUGCUUUCUUGCAGCUUCUCCUGAUGGUUUAGUUGAUGAAGAUGGUUUGGUGGAGGUGAAAUGUCCAUACUCUGCAAGGGAACUUAACCCUUUAGAUGCAGCAAUGCAGCUGAAAACGUUCUUUUGCAGAGUUGUCGACGGCGAGCUUUGCUUGAAUCGCUCUCACAAUUACUACUAUCAAGUGCAAGGGCAAUUACACAUCACACGAAGAAAGUGGUGUGAUUUUGUCGUUUGGACAACGAAAGGCAUUUCAAUAGAAAGAAUUGUGAGAGAUGAUUGUUUCUGGCUUGAGAAAAUGGAGUCAAAAUUGUUGCGAUUUUUUAACAACUGCUUGUUGCCAGAGCUUGCUGAUCCAUGUCGUCCCAGGGGACAACCGAUUCGUGAGCCAGAAUAUAUUAUACAGGCACAAGAAAGUCGUUCAAAGAAACGCAAAAUUUCAGAUGUGUGAAUUUUGAGAGACAGAAAUUGUGUGGCUGACGAGAACUCUUUUUUUUAAUUUGAUACAGUGAUGCUUUAUAUCUGAUAAAAAAAUUCUAAUUAUUGUUUACUUCUCAUGCUUGUACAAAUUGAACAGUACUGUAAAUGUAUUUGAUGACAUAAGCAAUAGUAAGUUAUUAGCUGAUAUUGAAUACAAACAUUUUUUUUUCAUGACUACAAAAAAUAAGGUUCUCUGGUUGGCGAGUGAUUAUUUUAUACUAAUGUCAAAAAGAUGUUAUCGGGAAAAAAUAAAUGAAGUUAUUUUAUACCACUGAUUCACUACCCAUAAAAUCAAACUGUAACGUCUUUGCAACUAGUAUCUCAUACAAUAAAUAUAUAACAUAUUCGUGCUUCAUUUUGUAUAAAAAUAAAACACAUAUAUAAUAUCGGGAGACAGCCUUGAAAAUCGUGCAUAUCACCAACAUGGCCAAUCAG